AUGUACACAGGCACAACCUCCGGCCUCGAAGUCCUCGGCGAUAUAUCCGACACCUACGUCCGCGGUACCUCUCUCCUCCCCUCCAUAUCCCACCUUCUCACCAGCCACGGCUUCAUCGGCGGUCCCAUACAUCGCGACGCCGAAGAUGCGCGCAAAGCUGAAGAAGCCCGUCUCCAAGCUAUCGCCGACGCGGAAGAAGUUGAGAAGAGGAAGGCAGGUCUACUUCGAGCGAGGGAUAUGAAGGUCAACCAUAAUCGACCCAUGUUCAAUGGGCCGAUGGGCAGGCCGACGGUGGAUGUGUACGGCCAGCAUAUCAGUUAUAGGGGUGAUGGCGGGGGGUUUGUGGCGCCGGAGUUUGCGCAUUUGCUGAGUGGGAGUAACAGGAAGAGGAGGCUGUUUCCGAGUGAGAGGUUGGAGUGA